AUGACCAAAUCCAACUUUCUCGAGCUCCCUGCGGGAGUCCGGCUGGUCUACCUUGCCGAAGGCCGCGCCAACGUCGUCUUUCGGUUCGUCUACAUUUCUGCGACCUUGCCCGUCUUGCCUGGCAAUAGUCACAACGGUGAUACUGUGCCUUCAGUCAACGGGAGUAGCGUUCCGGAUUUGCCAGUUCAACUCCGGGGGAAAUUACUCAGGCUGCGCAAAGAGAUACCAUCUGGGAUAUCAUAUCUGGAGAUUGCAAAGAACUUUGACAAGGUCAUCCGCCCGUUGUUCAGCCUGGAGGAGUUGGUUGACCAGCACCUUGUCUGCCUUCCGAAGGGACUGGUUCAGCACUGUAACGAUCUCCUACACAUUGGAGAGAAAACCGGGGAACGGCCACACAAGCGCCAUGGCGUAUACCUCUCUGUUAGUGAGCCCAUGGGGUUGUUGGUCACCGACAUGACGAUUUUUGAGCAUCCAGGCUUCAGUCUGGCAGAGUUUAAACCUAAAUGGCUGCUUCAAUCACCAUCCGCUCCACCAAACUCCCGGAGAUGUCGUACAUGUGCUUUGCGAGACAUGAAAAACAAAGAGGCACGCGAAGCUGGGAUGAAGGAGCAACGGUCCUUCUGUCCCCUAGAUCUAGUGUCGGACAAUUUUGAAGAUGUCCUUCGCGCGGCCCGGUUCAUCAAGGGAUGCAGGGAUCCAGUACGGUUAGCGCGAGCGCUGUAUCGAAAUAGUACUUUGCUCAAACUCAAGGCUCAUCAAGCAGCCAUAAAUGACGUCGGGUUGAAUGGCCCACUAGCACAGUCUCGAGAAAAGUCAACCGCGAUGAUCCUGAGGGAUUGUACGAUGUACAUCAAGCUAUCGAAAGACGAAAAGGGGCCCGUUGAAGUGCGUCUGGGGGAUCUAGAUCUCAAGACGGGGGCUGGGGGCAAAGCGAAAUAUUGGUUGGAUCUCGAGUCCCGGCUCAUUCUUGAAGGUUGGUACGCUGGCGCCCAUGGCGGCGAGAAAUACAAUUGUGAGUGCUCGUUGGGUGCGCGGAGGCGUUAA